UUUAAAUUCAUCAUAUCAUGUAUUAAUGCCAAAUGGUAAGACUUGUGUUAUAUUAUGCUUGCAGGUGGCGGCACGCUGGAGACGAUCCCGUGCUCGCGCGUGGGGCACGUGUUCCGCAGCUUCCACCCGUACGGCCUGCGCCGCCAACAGCGACACCCACGGUAUAAACACAGCGCGCAUGGCCGAGGUGUGGAUGGACGAGUAUGCGGAACUGUUCUACCUUCACCGACCUGAUCUGAGGAACAAUCCGAAGAUUGGCGACGUGACGCACCGCAAGAUCCUGCGGAGAAGCUGCAGUGCAAGAGCUUCCAGUGGUACCUCGACAACAUCUACAAAGAGAAGUUCGUGCCGGUGCGAGACGUCUACGGAUAUGGCAGGUUCAUGAACCCGUCGAGCGGGUUCUGCCUGGACACGAUGCAGCGCGAGGGCGAGGCGGUGCCGCUGGGCGUGUACCCGUGCCACGCGCAGCUGCAGGCCACGCAGUACCUGUCGCUCAGCCUCGCCGGCGAGCUG